UAUGAAAACAAUGUGUGGGAUCUGUGUUACAGGGUAUACGCUGAGCCGGACGCCCCGGUCACCUCUUUGGCAUGUUCUUUGUUUAUGUUUGUUGAAUUUGUUUUUGUAAACUCAUUUUCCGCUCAUUGGAAUCUCACACACAGUCGGCCCGCGUUAAACCUACGGGUCACAUCUCGCGAUGCUACGCAUACUAGUGUUUUCAUACAUUGUUCUCGCUGUGUUGUCUGCCGUAUCUUGCGAAAAGAAAGAUAAGAAACAGAGACGGAGAAACGAUCACUUGGAAAAAUCUUUAUGGAAAAAGGAGUAUGAAAACGAACUCACUGAUGCCAUGCUAGCGGCGGCUAGAAAACACCAGAAUAACACAAGGAAAGCUGUUGCAUUUUCGGAUUCUGAGAAUGUGUUAGAAAAAUUGAUGGAAACCAUAGUGUCCAGUGAAAGAUAUUUGAAGAAAGUAGAUAGUAUUGAUUUUAAAUUGAAUCGUCUUGAUAUAGAAGUCCAUGAGAAAACGAACACAAUACUAAAGCAACUGAUAGACGUAAUGAAGAUGCUACGUUCUGCUCAGAGGAACGAUCAUCAUCAAUCCUUGAUGAAUUCUGUGAAGAACGAUAUUGUCGCUUUACGAGCAAUGUUGGAAAAGGGCUCCGGUACUUACAAUGAGGGUAAUGCGGACGAGCGAGCUUUUCACGCUGGCUCUCCCUUCGACGCAAGACUAAGCAUCCUGGAAACCAACGUGAAGAAUAUCAUGUCAGGAGUGGAUUCCAUCGUCUCUAUCAUAUCGGAAGUUAAAUCAAGGCAGUUAGCAAGAACAAAUUCCAAAAACGAAUUUGCACAAGGAUCAACUGAUGCUGCUGCACUGAUAAAUGAGUUCAGGAAAACUAUGCACGAACAAAAGACGAGAAAGUGCGAAUGCAAAACCGGACGCGUGGACCGCGCUGAGCGGUAUCCGACCGACUGUCACGAAAUUCAGAUGCAAGGCUUCAACGUAUCUGGAAUUUACAAAAUAAAACCUGACGACAUGGAGCCUUUCUACGUGCUGUGUGAUCUCACGACCGCGGGCGGCGCUUGGACCGUCUUCCAAAACCGCUUUGAUGGCUCGCAAGAUUUCUUCAAGAGUUGGUCCGACUAUAAGAAUGGGUUUGGCAAUUUAGCGGGCGAGUUUUGGCUCGGCCUGGAGAAACUCAGCUACUUGACAAAUCAGAAGCUGUACGAGUUGAGAGUGGAGUUGGAGACACAACAAGGUCAUGAAGGCUACUCGGCCUACUCCGUGUUCACGAUAGGACCAGAGCAUGAAGGCUUUAGAAUCAGCACAUUGGGCACGUACUACGGGACGGCAGGUGAUUCAUUAUCGUACCAUGCGGGACAAAAAUUUUCAACAUUCGACGUAGACAAUGAUGAAUGGAAGGAUGGAGCAUGUUCCAUGGAACACGGGGGUGCUUGGUGGUACAAGGAAUGUGACAAAAGUAAUCUAAAUGGAAAGUACUCUUUAACUGGUGACGACCAACGAGGCCAGACUAUAUACUGGAUUUCGUUCAAGAGCCCCGAAAUCCCUAUCAGCAAGACCAAAAUGAUGAUCCGGCCUCUCCCGGCUAGCAAACCAGUCAACUACGAAACCAAUAGGAAUUUUUUAGAAAGCCCCGAUCAAAGGAUAAAGCAAAUAAAACCUAGCGGGACAAAGGGAGGGGCGGCCCGCCUUCCCUUUCGAUAUGAGGAGCCGAGCCAAGACUUCUUCAACAACUUGAAAUGAACACCUUCACGCGAACUUUUAUAAAUACAACAACUUACAAGUCACUUGUGCUUCGACGAAUCGUCAACGUAAUGACCAAUGCUAUGCGAGAAGAAAAAAAUAAUAAAAAAUGUGUUGUAAAUAUGUUUUUCGUAAUCAUUAUUUAAACCUUCGUAGCAACUUUCUCCGCAUGUAAAGGACGCAUAGGCAUAUAAUGGCUUUAAGUUCAAAUCUCUUGUUA